AUGCCAGCGGUAAAUGCAGCACCAGCUGCACACAUAAUCAACGCUAAAAUAAGGAAGGGUAAUAACAAUGACCCAAUCGCUCAGUCAACGACGCUUGGCUGGAUCAUCUAUGGAUCUGUGGACACCGCUACAUCAAAAUUGACAGCUUAUGGUCAUCAUGUCACUGUUGAUGAUCAAUUACAAGACUUGCUGAGCAAGUUUUGGUACCAAGAAGAACCACAGACAGAAUUUGCUAUACACUACAAUGAAGAUGAAGAAAAGUGUGAACAACACUUUGUCAAUACACACUACAGACAGACUGAUGGUCGAUAUGUCGUUCGCUUGCCGCUUAAAUCUCCUCCAAGUCAACUGGGUGACUCGCUACGAGCUGCACAAUACGCUUUACUACGUCUUCGCAAACGUCUGGAUAAUGAUCCAAUCUACAAGAAGUUAUACUACGACUUCUUGAAAGAAUAUGAAGACUUGGGACACAUGAGACGCGUAAAAUUAAAGGAUUUACCACCAAACAGCUACAUGUUGCCUCAUCAUGGGGUUCUUAAAGAACAGAGCAGUACCACCAAGCUCAGGGUGGUAUUCAAUGGAUCAUGGAAAACGACAUCAGGCGUAUCAAUUAACGAGAUACUCCAUGUGGGCCCCAAGAUUCAAGUUGACAUCAGUGAUGUACUGAUUCGCAUUCGCUGUCACCGCUAUCUAUUCGCUACUGACGUAACUAAGAUGUUUCGUCAGAUUGCAGUUGACAAGGAAGAUCAUCAUCUACAGUGCAUACUCUGGUUUGACGAGGAUGACAUCCCAAUAGUAUUUGCACUCGCUACGGUUACUUAUGGAACCACAUCAGCUCCAUAUCUCGCUGGAAGAGCACUUUUACAACUCGAUGAAGAUGAAGGAAAUAAAUUUCCGAAAGCUGUUGAACCGCUGACAAACACUCGCUACGUUGAUGACAUCUAUGGAGGCGCAGAUGAACUCGCUGAGGCAAUUGAAGUUGCUCUCGAUACAAAAAAUAUGUGUGCCGCAGGAUGCUUCCCGCUUGCAAAAUGGGCAAGUAAUUCAACAGAAUUACUGUCUCAAGUCGCUCCAGUCGAAACCCAAGAAGAUACACCACGAGAACUUGGGGAUACUACAGUAAAAGUGCUCGGGUUAACCUGGAAUUCUACUCAAGAUAAAUUCCAAUUCGGUUAUUCGCUACCAGAAGCAUCUCCAACUACUAAACGCACAAUUUUAUCUGAAAUAGCUCGCUUGUUCGACUCGCUUGGGUUUUUGGCACCUAUCAUCGUAAGAGCCAAGAUGUUCAUGCAGAAGCUAUGGCUGCAGAACUUCGAUUGGGAUGCUACGCUAUCACCGUUGCUUCUUCAAGAGUGGAACUUGUUUCGAGAUGAACUACAGCAGAUCUCGAAGAUUCAGAUACCUCGCUGGAAUCAUAUAAGAACUGGUGUACCGAUUGAAUUACAUGGAUUCUCUGACGCUUCUCAACUCGCUAUGGCUGCUGUCAUCUACUUAAAGGUUACUGACGCUACAGGAAGCUCCAAUAUUUCGCUAGUGUGUGCCAAAACACAAGUUGCACCACUGAAACCAAUUUCAAUACCAAGAAUGGAGCUCAACGCCGCUGUCUUACUCGCUCAACUGGUACUCUACAUCAAGAAUGUCUUGAAGCUUGAAAAUGUACCAAUUUUCAUGUGGACAGACUCCGCUGUAUCCUUAACGUGGAUACGAAACAACCCCGCUAGAUGGAAAGUCUACAUUCGCAACAGAGUUACCAAGGUUCAGGAAUCGCUACCAAGUGUCAACUGGGAUUUUGUUCCUGGAAAACUCAACCCAGCUGACUGCGCUUCAAGAGGUUUAACAGCAGCUAAACUGGAACAGCAUUCGCUAUGGUGGACGGGACCUAAGUGGCUCAGUCAAUCAAAAGAAAACUGGCCAUCUUUUGACAUCCCUACUCAGACGGUAUCACAUCUUGAAGAACGUCCAGGUCUGGUUUUUACCAUCUUCAAGGCAGAUUCACACCCGCUACAUACGCUAUUGGACAAAUUCUCUAAGUUGUCACCACUACUUCGCACGCUUGGAAUCUGCCUACGUGCCAUCGCUCAAUUUAAAAAAGUGCCACAGUCCACACUGGCCACACCACUAUCUACAGUCGACCUGGAACUCGCUAAAACUUUGCUGAUCAAGUAUACACAAAGUCAGUACUAUUCGCAAGAGCUGAAACUACUGAAAGAUGGUGAUUCUCUACAACGAAAUCAUCAUCUCGCUAAAUUGAUUCCCUACGUCGACUACAAUGGAGUACUCAGAGUCGGCGGUCGCUUGAAGAAUUCGCUACUGGAUGAUGAUCAGAAAAAUCCAGCUAUUUUACCAAGAUCAUCACGCUUAAGUACGCUACUCAUAGAACAUUCGCAUCAAAAAACAUUCCAUGGGGGAACUCAAUUCCCUAUCCAAAACAUCCCAUAG